UUCCGACUGCUUCUUCAGUGAAGGUUCAUUGCGGUGACUGUGUAGCGCUAGCUGUCUGUUAUAUUUAAACGUUUCAGCUACAAUGUCUGGCCGUGUUCUCGUCGGAGUUAAGCGUGUCAUUGACUAUGCAGUUAAGAUCCGUGUGAAGCCAGACAACGCUGGCGUGGUGACAGAUGGCGUUAAGCACUCAAUGAACCCCUUCUGUGAGAUUGCUGUAGAGGAGGCGGUCAAGCUGAAGGAGAAGAAGCUUAUUAAGGAGGUUGUGGCUGUCAGCUGUGGGCCACAGCAGUCGCAGGAGACCAUCCGUACCGCCCUUGCCAUGGGGGCUGACCGUGGCAUUCAUGUGGAUGUGAGUGGGAAAGACUAUGAAAACCUGGGACCCCUUCAGGUCUCUAAGAUCCUGGCAGCUCUUGCCAAACAGGAGGAUGCUCAGCUUAUUCUCCUUGGCAAACAGGCCAUCGAUGAUGAUUGCAAUCAGACUGGCCAGAUGACAGCAGCUUUACUGGACUGGCCUCAGGGUACCUUUGCAUCAGAGGUGUCCUUGGAAGGAGACAAGAUUAAUUUGGUAAGAGAAAUUGAUGGUGGCCUGGAACAUAUUAAGAUCAACACACCAGCAGUGAUCACUGCAGACCUUCGACUCAACACCCCCAGAUAUGCCACACUGCCUAAUAUCAUGAAAGCCAAGAAGAAGAAGAUUGCUACUGUGAAGCCUGCAGACUUGGGGGUGGACCUGACUUCACGGUUGGAGGUGCUGAAAGUGGAGGAGCCUCCACAGAGGCAGGCAGGGAUGAAGGUGGAGACAGUGGAAGACCUAGUGGUCAAACUGAAAGAGGCAGGGAGGGUAUAGAGGCUUAAGCACAUAAGCUGGGAGUACAGAACCUAACAGAGGACUCUAAUGAAUAACGAGACUGAACUACAUAAGCCCAACCACAGGACAAGCUUAUGUGUUGGUCUAAUCCCUCUGUUUGAAACUGUGGCUCCUGAGGAUAUGCAGGGAGGUACUGAUAGAAGUGGAGCAAUAUUGAGACACACUGUCCCGCAGUCAGACAAGCCCAAAAGAAUCAUCUUGUCUUGUGUAUGCAUUUGAACUUGCAGAGUAGUUCAUUCGUUUCAUUAUAUCACAAUGCUAUAAAAAGCGGUGUUUAUGCAGUAAUUUAAACCCAGAAUCUUCCCAUCACUCAUGCUGCUGUUUGUAUUGAACUGUACCCAAACUCCAGCAGUUUGAUGCAUUUCAGCUGCUUCAUCCUCAUCUGUUAAUUCUUGUAUAUCUGUAGUCAGACAUGUUAAGAGGUGCAAUUUUUGUAAAUGACGUAUGUAAAUACAGAACCACCCAACAUGUUGAUUUGAAGACGUCUGCUAGCAUUAAUAUCUUGACUACUGUGACUGAGUUCAAGGAUUGACUAGACAGUGUCUCUCAGUAUGAGCAGGGGAGCGUGAUCCUAAAUUGGAAUUUUACCGUAAGCGCCUAAGUUCUUUUGAUUGUACAGAACAUCACAAUAACAAUAAAGCAGCCAGUCUUUUUCAUAUCUACAGCUGUGUCUGGUCUCUUGGCGUUUCCUUUGAGUUUACAGUACCUUACAUUUUAUUCUUUAAAUUUAGUCUGCAAGGCUUUUUUUUAAAACCUGUGAAAUGGUAGCAGUUUUUUAAAUUUUUAAUUCUGAUGUUCAUUUUGUACGGCAGAGUAUUAGUGACACAAAAAAUAUUGUUCGUUUUGAAAUUUUGAGAUUAAACUUGAAAUGCUAAAUACUGUUUUACUAGUUAUACUCCAAAAUGUGUUGAUCAGAGCUCUUAUUGUGCCUUAUUUACCACCAUAUUGUGUUUAUGUGCUAAAAGACAAAUAAUUUCCAAGUUACCAAAACUGAUUCCUAAGUAUGUUGUUUUGGUUUUUUUUUUUUUCUCUAACCUGUCUACAAAAGGCAUUUUGUAAAGGGUAUAGUGGUAUAGUACCUGUGUAAGUUUUUUGACUUAAAACAACAGGUUUAAUCUCAAACUAGUGUUUAGAGUUUAAUCUUAAAUGUGGUCCUAAUACUUGUUUGUUUGUUUGUUAAGACUAGUAAAAGCGUGAUUCUUAGGUCCUGUGUCUUUAAUCUUUAAUGUAUUAUUAGAGCACCUGUGGAAAAGAAAAAUGGAAACCAGGUUUCAGAAGUUUCAACAUUGUUUCCUUAGAAUAAAACAGCAGAAACUGCCUCCUCCUUUACAAAAAUAAGAAUAGACUGAGAAAUUGUAAAAGUAACCUGCGAAUAAACCUUGAA